AUGGAUUUCUCGAUCAUAUUCCAAAAAAUACCCCAAGCAUUGUCAGCCACCAUCAAUUAUUAUCGUUACGGACCACCACAACCAUCAUGGAACUUGAAGCUUUACUUGAUAUUCAAAAUUAUAAAAGGCGAAUUUGGAUCAACUAACAAUCAAACUAUCGAGGAUGUCCAAAAAAUGUAUAUGGCCAACACGACUCCCGUUAAUGGUGUACUUGUAGAUGAGCUGUUAUUGCCAAAUUCACUUCGUAAAGAAUCAGAAGUUUACAUUGAUGAUAUUUUGAAAGAUUAUAAUCAUGUGCUUGUUGAUGAUUGGAGAAGUGUUAAUAUUGGGAAUGGAUUAGAAUUAAUAAAUUAUAGACUUUCACCACAAAAUCAAUUUCCUGCCGCUUUACAUGACUCGAUAACCGCAUACAAUUACCUUAUUGAUCCACCAAAAGAUGCUGAUUUUCUACCAGUUGAUCCUAAAAAUAUUGUAAUCAUGGGCGAGAGUGCUGGUGGUGGCCUAACAAUGGCAACAUUACUGGCUAUACGUAAUUCAACAAAAUCAUUACCUUUACCAGCUGGGGCUGUUGUGUGGUCGGCGUGGGUUGAUUUAGCUAAGACAACGCAAUCAAUAAAAGACCCAAGUCUUGAUGAAUUAGAUUAUAUAUCAGAUGAACCUUUUCAUUAUGCAACAUCCCCUGCAUGGGAAGAAUUUGAGCAAAAAGCGAAAGAAUUAUCAGAAAAAAUCCAAUUAAAUAUUGAUAAUAAACCAAAAUUUUGGCACAAAUCAUUUGAUCGUGAUGGUCGUUUACAACUUUAUGCGUCUAAUGAAGGAUUAGCGAUUCCAUACGUUUCUCCAUUAUUUGCUGAAAGCUUAGGUGGUUUACCACCAAUAUUAGUGCAAACAGGUGAUAUAGAAAAAUUCAGAGAUGAGAGUAUUUAUUUGGCUCAUAAAGCUGCCAACCCAGAAAAAUACAAUUUGCCCUAUUACAAUGCUGAAAAAUUUAAAAAGUCGCCUUAUAAAACAUCUACAAAAGUUGUUCUUGAAGUUUAUGAAGAAAUGCCUCAUGUAUUCCAGAUAGCUGUUAAUCGAACAACUGAGUUUAUUAAACGAUUAUUAUCAGGCGAAGAAGAAGAGAAAGGAUUUAAAGCUUUACGCGUAACAGCUAAAGGUGAAAUCAUUGAAGGAUUGAAAAAAGAACAUUAUGAGACACUUGAAUGGGAAAAUAUUGGUGUUGUUCCAUCUAGCACCAGAAAGGUUUAUUCUAUUAAACCGGACAAUUAA